UUCAAAGCAUGAUCUGACCAGUUUCACGAUCAAUGAAUCAGACGGUCAGAGUUUGGUUUUGCAAAGAGGGACAGAAAGAAGAGAACAAAGGGAAGUCUGUAAGCCAAAGCAGGAGAAACUGUCACUUUAGGUCCCAUUAGCUGGUUUUUGAAAGGAAAAUUGGAGGGGGCAAAAACAUAAUAGAGUUCUGUCUUUAUUUGCAGAUAGAGACACUGAAACAUUAACAAGCCUCACUAUUCAAUUCUAGAGGCAAAAAUGCAGUUAAGAACAUCCAUUGAGAAAACCAGGAUCUUCUUUCACAAACCCCUUCUUAACCUUAGAUCUUUCUUCUUUGGAGGGUACCAAAGGCUUCCAAAACCACACCUCUUAAUUAAUCCCUUAUCUUGUGGUGGUGAUAAGAAAAAGAAGCACCGGGCAGAUCAAUACUAUGCUGACUUUUAUUCUGAAUGGGAUUUCAAUUUUGUGCAGGAAGAGAAGAGAAAGAAGAAUGCUGUCAUGCCAUCAGAAGAGCUGGUACAGGAAGAAGAGGCAUGUCGCAGAAGCUUCAGGAAAAAUCAGAGUCCAGUGAAGAAGGAGCAGGAGAAUGGAGAAAAAGAAGAGAAAAAGAACACGGAAAGUUCCUAUACGUUUAAGAGAGAGGAGCAAUUUCAGAAUAAAAAAGGAGGAUCUUCUGCAUUAGAACAAAAAAUGAAGGCAUUUGAGAUGAUGGAUAUUGGUGAUGUAGAACAGGUGUUGGAUGUUGAAGAGGCACUCCACUACUACUCCCGACUAAGAAGCCCGGUAUACCUUGACAUUGUUGAUAAGUUCUUCACGGACAUGUACUCAGAAUUCUCAGUUCCACAGGCCUCUGCAAGCAUCAAGAAUUCAAAGCGGAGACUUGGAUCAAUAAGGCUUUAGAUGCCACCAGCAUAUUUUCUUCCUCGGGCAUUUGGAUCUUGUUUGUUCUCAAUAAAUUCUUCUGUGUUGUGUGACCGUGUGGAUGCUGUUGUUACUCUCUUAUAUAUCUGUUUCAGUAGAUCAUUAUUUACUUAAGCAUGUGUUUUCCAAUAAAUUGAUGUGCAUCAGUGCAGCUCAGAGAGCAGCAAUACAAAUGGAACCAUUUGUCUAUAGUGUUUGCUCUGGCUUAAGCAUUCAAGCCUUUUCAUCAAUAGAGAUUCUUGCAUCAU